AUGGGCCUGAUUGCUGUUGUUCUGCUGAUGCUCGCAAGCUUUUGUGGUGUCUGUGAUCUUUUCCCACACGUUCGUCCUGACAAUGGACUUCGUGAAUGCCGCAGAAACCUGUCCUUAACAGCACUGGAAGUUCUUCCAGGCGGAGGCUGGGACAACCUGCGUAACAUGGACAUGGGACGAGUGAUGAACCUCAGCUAUUCCCAGUGCCAGACCACAGAAGAUGGUACGUACUUCAUCCCAGACGAGGUCUUUGUCAUCCCACAGAAGAUAAGCGGUGUGGAGACAAGCUCAGAAAUCAUCGACUCGUGGCUUGACCACCAAAGCUCCACUGCACAGUCCAUCAACAGCGAUGCUUCCUUCAUCACCACACUCAAUGCCAAAUUCUCAGUCGAGAACCAACGUGUAAAAAUACAUCAGAUAGAAGACAAUUCUGUCACCACUCGUGUUCAGGUGCGUAAUCACCUUUACACUGUAAAGGCAUAUCCUGACUUCACAGUGGACAUCCGAUUUGCUGAACAAGUACAAGAAAUCGCAGAUGCUAUUGAAAACAACCAGACCCGUCGAGCAACAUACCUUUCAGAGAAGCUAGUACUGGAUUAUGGCACACAUGUCCUGACAAGCAUUGAUGUUGGUGCUACUUUAGUGCAGGAGGACUAUCUCAGGGCCACCUAUGUUUACAGUAGUGAGACUGACAAAUUUAAUAUUACAGCAUCUGCUGGUCUAAAUUUUUUUGAUAAGGUUAAAUUUGACAUUGGUAGCAAGGAGUCAAAAGAAACCUCUGAGAUCCGUUCCUAUCGUAGUAACAUCACAUACUCUUUGAUCCAGAGUCAUGGGGGGGCCUUGUUCUACCCUGGUAUCUCUUUGCAGAAGUGGCAGGAGAGCACGCUCAACAAUCUGGUGGCCAUUGACCGUGCUGGACUGCCAAUCCACUAUUUUCUGAACCCACUCAUGUUUCCAGAACUCCCAGUGCCAACUCUUCGCAAACUAGCUCACAGGGUGUCAAAAGCAGUUGAACUUUACUACAAAAUUAAUAGUCGUCCAGGAUGUGUGGAUCCUACAUCACAAAAUUUCAACUUUCAGGCAAACAUUGAUGAUGGUUCGUGUGAUGGUCCUGCCACCAACCUUAGCUUUGGUGGGGUAUACCAGAACUGUACAAUGCAGACAUCUGAUGCAGGUCCAAUCUGUCAAGAACUAGCACAGGAAAACCCAGACACAGGUUCUUUUUCAUGUCGUGAACCAUACAUUCCAACCCUUUUACGAUCUGAAAAACGAGAGGAGGGUUAUACUCAGUAUGAGUGUAGUAGAUCUUGUCACUCAUGCUGGAUUUUCUUUGAUUGUUGUGAUGAGGUGUGCGGAGAUUUCUAUCAUGUACGAAGGGCUGUCAUUAACACCUACUGGUGUUCCACAAAUCAGAAAACCGCUAAAUUUUCUGGAUACCUCUUUGGAGGGCUUUAUGGCCCAACCCUCCAGAACCCAUUCACAAAGACCAGAAGUUGCCCUCUAAACUUCUUUCCCAGAAAAUUUCUUUCUGAUGGUUUGAUGAUCUGUCUGAGCAAUGAAUAUGAGACAGCUGUUGGACAGGCUUUUGGUGGUUUCUUUAGUUGCGAGGCUGGUAACCCAAUGGCUGGUGGUCAAGCCCACUGUCCACCACAGUUUAGCCAACAUCUUGCUGAAAUAAGUGACGGGUGUCAGGUUCUGUUUUGUGUGAAAUCAAAUGCAUUCAGUGAAAGCAAAUUACUGCCCAUCCAUUUACCACCUUUUAAGCGAGCUUCACUGAUCAACAUGCUCACCACAAACACAGUAGCAGUGCUGACAGAGGGAGAUCAAGCAUGGGUUAGAGUUGCAGGAACAAAAAUGUGGAAGUUGGCUACUCCUGAAGAGAUUGGGCAUCUGGAAAAAACCUUAAAAGGGGUUGGCCCCCAGAUAUCAGUUGGUGGAAGGAUUGGAAUAGCCAUCACUGUGAUUGUAGUAACAACCCUGGUAAUAGUAUGGAUUGUUUGGGGGAUAAAAAAGAAACGGAGGCUUUCUGGGUUCAGAGCAAACAGUGGCUAUGAGGAGAUCCAUGGCAGGGCUGAAGUCAGGCAACAAGAGAAUCUGGAUGAAAGCCCCACGCAACCUCUGCUAGCAUGA